AUGGUGAUAUUACUGGGGUGGAUGCUGGCCCUGUUUCCUCACGUGGCAUGCAAGACUCACAUAAUUAAAUGUAAUGUUCGUGAUCCACACCCUCCACUUCACAAAUAUCACCAGUCAGGAGAUGUCAUCAUUGGAGGCAUUGCUUCUCACAGCUUCAUCAUCUCCAAUGCAUUAACCUUCACUGUAGAGCCCCCACAAGCAUUGCUUGAAGAGCUUGCUAUAGUGAUGAAGAAUUACCAGCACAUCCUGGCCUUGGCCUUUGCAGUAAAGGAAAUCAAUGAAAACCCCGAGCUCUUGCCCAAUGUCACCUUGGGCUUCCACAUCUAUGACAGCUAUUUCAUAGCAAGGGGGACUUAUCAUGGCACAAUGCUACUUUCAUCCACACCAGAGAGAUUUGUUCCCAACUAUAAAUGUGACCUCCAGAAUAAUCUCAUAGCAGUCAUUGGGGGACUUGACCCCCUAACCUCUCUUCAUAUGGCAACAGUCUUGGAUAUCUAUAAAAUCCCACAGCACUGCUAUCACAACCUAGAAAAUAUGAAGGGUCAUGAGGAGUUUGGAAACACAGAUAAACUAAGCAGGUGGACAUGGAUUGGGCUCCUUACUAUGGAUCUUGAGAAUGGAGAAAGAUUUGUGCAAAUGGUGGUUCCAUUGUUUCUCUCUAGUGGUAUCUGCUUUGCCUUUAUAGAAAGAUUUCUUAAAUUAACUCUUGUCACAGAACUUAAAGACUCGCUACAACAUAGUGCAAAAAUACAUGAUAAAGUCAUGGGUAGCACAGCCAACGUAUUAGUGGCCUAUGGAGAAUCUUAUACAAUUUUAUUUCUGAGAUGGCUUCCAUAUUUAUCAGAAGUAGAAGGAAAGAUGGAGGACACAAGAGGUAAAGUGUGGAUAAUAACAGCUCAAAUGGAGCUGACAUCUAUGGUUUAUCAAAGGACUUGGGAUACACAAAUAAUCAACGGGGCUCUGUCCUUCACAAUUCACUCCAAUGUUAUUUCAGGAUUUCAUCAAUUUAUUGCAAGCAGAAACCCUUCCAUCACAAAAGAUGAUUUUUUUAUCAGGGAUUUCUGGCAACAGGCCUUUGCCUGUGUAUUCCCAAGUACAGAAGGCGGUGAGGUGGAUGGAGAUAUUUGCACUGGAGAGGAGAAGCUGCCGAGUCUUCCUGGGGCUUUUUUUGAAAUGAGCAUGACAGGCCACAGCUACAGUGUCUACAAUGCUGUUUAUGCUGUGGCCCAUGCUGUACAUUCCAUGUUCUCAUCUAGAGGCAGACACAGACAUAUGGUGGACCAAAGGGGGCUUUCAUUUCAGAAUCAACAGCACUGGCAGCUCCAUCACUUUUUGAGAAAUGUCUCAUUUAAUAACAGUGCUGGGGAUAAGGUUUCUUUUAACAGGAGAGCGGAGUUAGUAGCUGGAUUUGAUGUUAUUAACUGGAUUUUUUCAUCAAACCAAUCAUUUCAUAAGGUGAAAGUUGGGAAAAUGGAUCCCUGCGCCACUUCAGACCAAGUGUUUACCAUCAAUGAGGGAGCUAUAAAAUGGCACAACUGGUUUAACCAGACAAGGCCUUUUUCUGUAUGCAGCGAGAGUUGCCAUCCUGGUUCUAGAAAGAGAAUGAAGGAAGGGGAGCCAUUUUGUUGCUACAAUUGCAUCCCAUGUCCAGAAGGGAAGAUUUCAGAUCAAAAGGAUAUGAGUGAUUGCUGUAUCUGUUCAGACAAAACUUAUCCAAAUAAAAACCACACUUUCUGUAUUCCUAAGGAUAUAAGCUACUUGUCUUAUGAAGAACCUGUGGGGAUCACUUUGGUCUUUUCUGCUCUUUCCUGUUCUUUAGUCACACUUCUGGUUCUCUUAAUAUUUAAGAAGCACCACAACACUCCCAUCGUCAAAGCGAACAAUCGGGACCUCACCUACACUCUCCUCAUCUCCCUCCUCCUCUGCUUCCUUUGUGCUUUGUUGUUCAUUGGCCAACCUCAGAAAGUGACAUGUCUCCUCCGACAAACUGCUUUUGGUAUCAUCUUCUCAGUGGCUGUUUCUUGUGUGUUGGCAAAAACUGUCACGGUGCUUCUGGCUUUCAUAGCUACUAAGCCAGGUUCCAAGGUGAGAAAGUGGCUAAGAAAAAGACUGGCCAACUCCAUUGUCUUUUCUUGCUCCCUUAUUCAAGCAGCUAACUGUACUCUGUGGCUGGCAACUUCACCUCCGUUCCCAGAUGUUGACAUGCACUCAGUGAUUAAAAAAAUUAUACUUGAAUGUAACGAAGGGUCUUUGACUAUGUUUUACUGUGUACUAGGCUAUAUGGGCAUCCUGGCCAUUGCCAGCUUCACUAUGGCCUUCCUUGCCAGGAAACUGCCAGACAGUUUCAAUGAAGCCAAAUUUAUUACUUUUAGCAUGUUGGUCUUUUGCAGUGUGUGGCUAUCCUUUAUUCCAACUUACUUGAGCACUAAAGGGAAAUACAUAGUAGCUGUGGAGGUCUUCUCUAUCUUAGCCUCCAGUAGUGGGCUGCUAGGUUGCAUCUUUUCACCCAAAUGUUAUAUUCUUCUGUUGAGGCCUGAGCUGAACAAUAGGGAACAACUAAUAAUAAGAAGAAUUUAA